AUGAGUUUCGUUGAUAACCAGAGCCAGAGCCAGGAACUGACACGGUCAGCCCGUGUGUCUGGGAUCCACCAUCUGCGCUCUGUAUCGGUACCGUCUGCUAGCUUGUCUGUCGCUCGUCUGCUGUCUGGUUGUCUGGGCCGGACAUCGCCCUGGUUGGUAGUUGCCUCUACUUUCCACCUACUUUCCCGGUUCACUCUCUACCCGCCACUACUGCCACUACCAACGGUGUAUGUACCUCGCUCUGCUGUAGAACGACUCAAUACUCCAACCUUCGGAGGCAAUUUCGAACUUCCCAACUACUUCACCUCUCCUACCAUCCUCUUCCUUUCACCAACUUCGCUUCCCCAGUGUGGUUGUGGUUUCUCUUGCUUAUCGACAAUUGCCUAUCUGUACUCCAUCGGUUAUCUCCGGCUUAUCCAACUCUCUCCAACUUGCGAGAUCAAUUCUCUCAAUGGAUGCCCGAGUGUAAAGCAUACAAAGCCACUUGCUCUAGCUCUGCUAGUCUGA